AUGGCCCGGAUUGAUGGGCACGACAGCCAUGGCAGAAAGAAACGAAUGCGCAGCUUCUUCUGGAAAACCAUCCCCGAAGAGCAAGUCCGGGGCAAGACCAACAUCUGGACAAUUGCCGCAAGGCCGCAGUAUCAGAUCGAUACGAAGACAAUCGAGGAACUCUUUGGGCAGCAGGAAGAAAUCAAGCCCCAGGACCUCAGAAGUCGGUCGUUAAGGUCUUCAUUUAAAGAGCCUAAAGAAGAGAUUUCCAUUCUGGAUGCAAAAAGAAGUAUGAAUAUUGGGAUAUUUCUCAAACAAUUCAAAAAGUCUGCUGAAUCCAUCAUUGAAGAUAUUUAUCAUGGAAGAAGUGAGCCCUAUGGUUCUGAAUUGCUGCAUGAAUUUCUUAAAUUAUUACCAGAAGCAGAGGAGAUAAAGAAAUUUAAAGCCUUUGAUGGAGAUGUAUCAAAACUGUCUCAAGCAGAUUCCUUCAUGUAUUUACUCAUCCAGGUGCCAAAUUAUACUCUUAGGAUCGAAGCCAUGGUGCUAGAGAGGGAGUUCUCACCCUCCUGUGCUUCGCUACAAGAUGACAUGAAAAUUAUAAGACGGGCAACAAAAGAGUUAAUGACUUGUGAGGAACUGCAUUCCAUAUUACACUUGGUCCUCCAGGCUGGGAAUAUUAUGAAUGCGGGAGGUUAUGCUGGCAAUGCUGUCGGAUUUAAACUGUCAUCACUGCUCAAACUGGCGGACACAAAAGCAAACAAACCUGGGAUGAGUCUGCUGCAUUUUGUUGCUCUGGAAGCCCACAAGAAAGAUGCUGCUCUUCUCAACUUUUCAGAGAAAAUUAAAGAUGUUCAUGAUGCUGCCAGGUUGUCCAUUGAUAAUAUUGAAGCAGAACUCCACUCGUUGUCUUUCAAGGCAAGAUCUGUUAAGGACAGCAUUCGUCGAGAUGCCAGGCUCUUUCACCAGAUGGAAAGCUUUCUCCAGUUUGCUCUAAGACAUCUAAAGGAGCUUGAACACCAGAAACGAGAAUUACAGAAAGAGGGGAAUGCUCUUAUUGACUUCUUCUGUGAAGACAAAGAAACGAUGAAGUUGGAUGAAUGUUUUCAGAUAUUUAGGGACUUCUGCAUAAGGUUCGACAAGGCUGUUAAGGAAAACAGGGAACGAGAGAUCCAGGAGCUUCAUCACCUGCAAAGACGGAAGGAGCUGGAGGAGAAGCGUCGAUCCUGGGCAGCUGGAGAGCUUGGGAGCUUUGGACGAAGCAGCAGUGAAAAUGAUGUCGAGAUGUUGGCCAAAAAAGGACUUGAAGAAUUUCUUCCUUUCUUGCAGCAGAGGCCUCAAAGUCCUUCAUACAGAAACCCCAACUCCAGACGCUCUCGACUUUCUCUAGGGAUUACUGCAGACAGGGAACUGCAGAGUUUCCUGGAGAUCUCAAAGGAUGAGGAUCCAAACAAGUUUAACAGCCUUCCCCGUGCAAACACUCGACAACCAAGACCCAGUGUAGCCUGGACUGAAUCCAAAGAAAGUACAGAUCUCAAUUUAAAUACUUUGCACUUAAACCAGCAGUCAGAAACCAAAGUGCAAAGUGGUGACCUACUGCAUUUGCCUUCAGCUCAGUCUAGUCACUUUGGUGGUUUGGCUGGUCCUGGUGCCCGAUACUCACAAAGGAGCCCCAGCUACAGCGUGCGUGCUUCCAGUGCCUCUUGUGAGGAAUCCCCAGAUAUAAAUGCUCUGGCCCUUGCGAUUAAGGAACAUGAGCUUGUUAAAGGAUUGCAUAAGUUCAAUAUUCAAGGCACUAAGCCUGCAGAAGACACACCUUUAAUUUAUUUAGAGGAUGCUGGUGGAGCAGAUUUGGAGACCCUGGAUGACCUAAGCUUGCAUUCCGUUAGCACAGCUGAUGAGGAGCUGCCUCCAACUUGCAGAAGUUCCAGGGAGGCCCAUGACCAGAAAGGCAAGGCAGGGGGCUGCAAGAGUGAAGCUUCAGAGCCCAGCAGCAGCAGCCCCAUGUCUGUGGAUACCAGUGUUUCUGGAAGUAGAGAAGAUGGGCCCAUGUUCUAUGUGUCAGAUACUACCACUGACUGUUCUUUGACCCUGGAUUCUUCAGAGGGAAAUGAUUUUAAAUUGACAGGCAAUGAAAUAAAGAAUAAGACUGGCAAAGCACGUUCUUCUAUGAACGAUGCUCAGUAUGGGUCUAGAACACCCUUCUCAAACUUGAAUUCUGCCUCUGUGAGGGAUCUGUCUCUUGACACUUCUGCAAACGAUAAGGAUGAUGCCAAUAGCAAGCACACCCUCUCAAAAGAAAAGCCCUUAAGAAACAAAGAUACAGUAGGACCAAAGAGAAACUCUCUAAAAGACAGAUCUCCAAGUUCCUCAAAAUCUAGUGGCACUCGCCCUAACCACACAGGAUCUUCUAGAUCUGUGAGAACUUUGAAUGCCUCUGAGAACGAAAGCAUGAGGAAAGUAGUGCCUAUUUCCCGGUCAAACAAAGCGCCGAGCAGCGUGAGAAAGCCGGAAGCCAAGCCGGCCCCUCGCGAAGCCAGUGCUGUGGAAAGCCGACUGUCGCGGCGCAGCUCUGUCCGAGGCACGACAGAUACUCUGCCAAGAAGCCCCUACAGGCACAGCGUAUCCGUAGAAGAGCCAAAGCUGCAGAGGGGGACCUUCACCUCAAGCAGUGCCCAUUUUGAGAGGGACAGAGUCUCUCUCAAGAAGCCAAGCUCUAAGCCUGUCAGGAGUACUGUCAAAUCAAAGACAGAUGAAACAAAGAUGUGUCGCUCCACUGUAAAAUCCCAGGCCCUCCCCGAGGACACCAAGGUUGCCACGAUCAGCGUUCCCAAGGCACCAUCCUCUGUCCCAAACUUUGCGAGGAACACGGUGGCUUCUUCUUCAAAACGUGCAAAAGUGGAUCUAGCCAGCUCAUCCAGACCUCCCCCCUUCACCAGAUCUGUGUCCCAGAGGCUGCCAAAAACGAAGCUGCCGGUGACAACUCCGGAUGAUGUGAAUCCCAAGGAGAACGGUGGGAGUACAUUAAAGAGAGCAAGCAGCGCCAGGGUUGUUGGAAGGGGCGUCCUUCACGGAGACACCGUGAGCACUACAGUGGAGCCUGAAUCCAAGGAACAGGGUGCAGUGGAGAAGCCUUCUCUUAAACUCAAGGAUGCAAACCGGACCGCGAUAGGUAAAAUACUGAAGCCAUUGCUGAAAUAAGAGUGUGGAAGAGGGGCUUUCUUGUGUUUUGGAAUGUGAACACUUGUUUAAGCACUGGAUGCCUGUAUCAUGAAAUACCUUAAAACAGUUAUAUUGCUGAUAAGCAGCAUCAUGUGUUCAUCAAAGUACCGCACACCACUGGAAAAGGGCAACAUUCUGGUCUAAAUCCUUUUGUACAAAUUUGAAUGUAUUUGAAGCUACUGUGAUGGAAUACAAGUGUAGCAACGCAUCUUUGCCCAUCUGUGAUGUGGUAGGUCACCAAAAGCCAAAAAACUUUCAAGAAGUUCAACUGCAAGAUGAAAGGCGUUGUGACAGAAAAUGUGGGUUAAGGCCAGUUUUUGUGUAUAUAAAAUUCUUCCUAAGACUUCCUAAGCGUUUAUGCUAGUUGGUUCCUUUCUUGAUGUCAAAGUGAAUCCUGUGGAACAGUAUCAAAAAUGAACUUAGGUGAUUGUGCUUUUUGUUGCUCUUAAUUCCUCGGACUCAGGAACUCUUUUUGCCUGUUGCAAAGUCCAUUGCUGGCAAUUGGACAAAGUGGGAGCUGCUGGCCAAAAAAUAGUGAAAUGGGACAUUUGCUGUUUGUGGCUGUCUCUACGUUUAACGAGGAAUUUACAGCAUGUUUUAUGAAUGUACGUGUGUCUGAAGGAAACUUUCUGCUGGGCAGGAAGCUUCUUUUCCAAGAACGUGGCAGCACUGUCUUGCAUGCACAAGUAGGUCUGGGUGGUGCUGCCGCGAGCAGCGCGGCCGGAGGCCGUGCCUGCUGGA